AUGGCCCGCCAGAAGCAAGCCCAGCCUGUGCAGCGAACGCCCUCGUCGGAAAUCAUGCAGGAGCCUCCUGAUCUACCGGAGCCCAAUGCGAGGCAACAAGCGAACGGCCAUGCGGGAAAGCCGCUGGCAAAUGGGAACGCGAAAUCGAAGGGAGAUGCUCAUGUUGCUCCUCAUGACAGCAGCCCUGGUCUGAUACAACUUGCGAUAUGCGUCGCAGGAAUAUACGCCUCUUUUCUUUCAUGGGCCGUUCUCCAAGAAGCCAUCACCACAACACCCUAUCCAGUUCGUCCUCCGACGGCUGAAGAGCCGGAGCCUCCCACGGAACGCUUCACCUUCUCGAUUGUGCUGAACACAAUCCAAUCGGCCUUUGCGGCCAUUACGGGAUUUCUAUAUCUGUACUUCUCGACGCCCAAGGGUCAGAAGGUGCCCUCGAUCUUCCCCAACCGGCAGAUCCUGUUCCCUCUGAUCCUCGUCAGCAUCACCUCGUCGCUGGCGUCGCCGUUUGGCUACGCGAGUCUCGGCCACAUCGACUAUCUGACCUUCAUCCUGGCCAAAUCGUGUAAACUGCUGCCGGUGAUGUUCCUCCACAUCACCCUCUUCCGGAAGCGUUACCCGCUGUACAAAUACGCUGUCGUCUUGCUGGUCACCCUGGGCGUCGCGACCUUCACGCUCUACCACCAGGGCACGACCAAGAAGAGGGCCGCCUCGACACACAGCGGGCGCUCGCUGUACGGGCUGUUCCUGCUGUUCAUCAACCUCCUGCUGGAUGGCCUCACCAACACGACGCAGGACCACGUCUUCAGCUCGCCGGACCGCUACACGCGCUACACGGGGCCGCAGAUGAUGGUGGCGCAGAAUUUCCUGUCGACUAUCCUGACAAUCACCUACCUGCUCACGACACCCUAUCUUCUAUCAUCCAACAGCACCAUCCUGUCCCUUCUCCCGGUGCCAAUCCCACCCUCAGCCGGCACGGAGCUCUCGUCCGCAAUUGCAUUCCUCUCGCGACACCCGCAGGCGCUGAAAGACGUCCUGGGCUUCGCCGCCUGCGGCGCCGUCGGGCAGGUCUUCAUCUUCUACACGCUGUCGAAAUUCUCGUCCCUGCUGCUCGUCACCGUCACCGUGACGCGCAAGAUGCUCACCAUGCUGCUGAGCGUGUUCUGGUUCGGCCACUCGCUCACCCGGGGCCAGUGGCUGGGCGUGCUGCUCGUCUUUGGCGGCGUCGGAGCGGAGGGGUUCGUGCAGAGGAAGGAAAAGAAGGCGAAAGAGCGGGCGAAAGCAGCGGCAGCAGUGAAAAUACGAAAAAGGAGCUCUAAUUCGAGCUCUUGCUGUGUUGUCUUGUUGUUUUUAUGUCUGUUCUGUUAG